AUGUUGCGGUUUUCAAUCAAACCAAGUAAAGCCCAAGAGGCUCACCCACUCGCCCCACACACCCUCUCCUCUCCCCGCACAGCUGCUACCGGCGUCGGCCGACACACAGACCCCCAGCCUUUAGGACCGAAAAGGGACCGCUUCCCUCGCCCCCACUUCGACCGUGUGGGCAAAAAUAAACCUCGCCUCCACGCCGCCGGGCUGUCCACACGACCCCAAAGACAAGCGGUGGAGCGUGUCCCCACGCCCCUGGGACCUCAGGUCGGAUUUGGGCGGGACCCGGCAGGACUGAACGGGGCAGAGACCGAGUCAGGGGCGAGCAGGCCCGCGGCGCCCCUUCCCAGCCGCGAACCCACCGACGCUCGGCUGCCGCGGGGAUUGAAUGGGGCGCCCCGAUUCCGCCCCUCUGCCUUUCUCUUUUCCUUGGCCCGGCUCUCCGUAGUGCCCAGGGCUUUGGGACUUGUUUUUGCGGGGGAGGACGGGGUUGAGUGUUUUUGGCUGGCUGCUUCUCAGCACUAUGCUUCCGCACCCUUUGUCGUUGGUAGUAAAAUCUCAGCCCAACCGCUGAGGGAAGUGACUCCCGUAAGGGCGCAAAGCAGCGUGGCCGGGGUCCGAGCUGGGGUUCUGUCCCCGCUGGACUGGCACCCCAGCUGGACUACCCCCAUGGAACUCAGCGCCAAUUACCUCCGGGAGAAGCUGCAGCGGACGGAGGUGGAGCACGUGGAGGUGGAGGACACGACCUUCAACCGUUGCGCAUGUAGCUUCCUGGUGGUGUCAGCCAAGUUCGAGGGGAAGCCGCUGCUUCAGAGGCACCGGCUGGUGAAUGCGUGCCUAGCAGAAGAACUCUCGCACACCCAUGCCUUUGAACAGAAAACCCUGACCCCAGAGCAGUGGGCCCGUGAGCAGCAGAAAUGAGGGACUGGAUCCUGCACAGUCAUUAAAUUAUAAAUCUGGACCAAAAAAA